AUGUAAAAGUAAACAAUGAUUUAUACCUAUAAAGAGAUGUUGUGGAAUUCACUUUAAAGUGCUUUUGUUUCAAAUACCUCUAUUACAACAUAUUUGUUCUUCUGUUCACUCUAUUCCAGUAUCAAAGUGCUCCCAUGGCACUCCCCCUAUUAUUGACAAUACUGUAUGAAUUAGUGAUGCUGUUGAAAUGCACUGAAGGAAAGACACAAAAGAAAUUCGAUCAUCUAUUUCACAUCCUGCUUCAAGUAACACCUAACCAUCAACUACUUUUAGAUUUAUGUCAUAACCAUAUAUUAUUUAGGUCUAAACUAUUACAUCUUCUGCAACACCUUCUUGAUCCUAUCCUUCAUAGUUAACAUAGGAUGCAACAAGACUUCAGAAGACCAAUAUGAACACUCCACAAUAAUUAGAUUGGUAUGUGAAAAACGCAUAAACUUAGACAUUCAUCUUUUAUCGCUUUUGCUUAAUAGUCUCCGUUCUGUGUAUCACCUUGAAAUUGAACUCCUACGUGAAUUGGUCAUGGGCACAAACCUUCUGGUGGUACUGGAUGUUUCUAAGCGGCUUGGUCGGAACCACCAUUACAGUGCUAUUGAUCCUCAUUUCAAAACUAUUCAGCAUUUAUAAUCGCUAAGAAAUUCUCAAUUAUAAAAGUGAAAGUAUGUUUGAUAUUAAAGCAAGUUAAAACUUUGAUAUGGACCUUAUACACCAGCAUCCUAAGUAGUCUGAUAGCUGGGAUUUGGAUAAUCAACACUCUCAAUAUUUUAGAAGUUGACUUGGAUCUGAAAAUUGGAGAUUUCAUUAUGUACAUUCUAAUUUCGUUUAAUAUUGUGGUGUUUAGUGCAAUCUCCAAAUAUCUGUUUAAAGACAUCGUAGAGUUUGUAUUGUCAUUGAACUAAUUGGAAUCUCGAGAUUCAUCACCCAACACUCCAUGUCAGGAUUAGAAGAUCAAAAAGGAACCAACCAAGACCCAGAUAUUCUUACAGAAAUUUUCAUCAGCAUAUUUCAAAUAGAUCAAAGAUCCUGAAGUAGUUAUAUUAAAAUGUACUAACUAAAAUGAAAUUGAUACUGAACGAAAUACAAAUAAUAAAAUCGUUUUAAAAUGUUAAGACCCUCAAUAGCAAUUUGAUUCCAAAUGCAUCAUUUGUUGUGAAAGACCUCCCAAUGCUGUCCUCAUGACAUGUGGUCAUGGAGGAAUCUGUUAUUAAUGUGCGAUUUAAAUGGCCUAGAAGAAUAAGGAAUGCUUUUUGUGCAGAUAAAACAUCAAGAUGAUCUAUGAAAUUUCAGAUAAAGAUGUGAGCAUUCUCAAAAGAGUCAUCUCUAAAACGAGAAUAUCUGGUUGA